AUGCUGAACAUGAAGAUAGGAGAGUCUGUGAAAGAGUAUUUUGCUCGUACUCUUUCAGUGGUCAACAAGCUGAGGGUUGAUAAGGGAAAGAUGGAUGAUGUCGCAGUCAUCGAGAAGAUUUUGAGAUCCAUGAUAGCCAAGUACGAUUACGUGGUGUGCUCUAUUGAGGAGUCAAACGAUUUGGAUGCUCUUACCAUUGGUGAGUUACAAAGUAGCCUUCUAGUACAUGAGCAAUGUCUGAAAGCUCAUGUUGUGGAAGAACACACUUUGAAAGUCACUUUUGGAGAGUCAUUUGGAGAAAAAGGACGAGGUCGUGGUGGUUUUUGA